AUAAUGUGUAAAAAUUUAUCGGCGUGCUCGAUCACAUGUCAUUACAACAACGAAAGUUUCGCAAUCAGUUGGAUUCCACCUCUCAUGUUCAGCCUUUGCAUUCAAGAAUAUUUUCCUGGUGAUCCUUUUGAGCAUCUCCUCUAAUAAACAUGUCAUAAUGGUCCAGAAGCACUAGUUAUGAAGACUAUACCCCUCGAAAUACAUUAUACACCUCAAUAUCGAUUUUAACUCUGCAUGUAUUUUUUGUUGUCUAGGACGCUAAGGUAUUUUCAUUGUAUAGUUUCCUAUAGACCCCCUUCUUCUGUCAUGCACAAAUGCACGAUCACUCGGCAUACAGGGUAUUCACGGUAUUCAUGGUAUUGGGUGAUACAUAGGGCUAUGACGCAAUUCAAGUUGUUCAACCAGUUCAUAUAUUUUUGUUGUCUUUACUAAAUUUUAUAUAUAUCAUUAAUAUAAUGACGAUGGCCAUCGACAAAAUGACAUGAAGGUACAAUAGUCACGAGUAUCACCUCUAUCAAGGAACCAAGCUAAGAAAUGAGCGGACGGGUGUAAAAUGUUUCUUUGAAGUACGAGGAUCUUGUGGAUAUCAUUCUUUGGAUUACAAACGAGAGGAUAUUCCUUGAGUACUCAGAGCAUAAGGUAUUAUUUUUUGGAUUUCUAACGGAGUGUUUAGUAACAGCAUCAUGGCGAUCUUUGUAAAUGACCAUCAUCGUGAAGACAGUUUUUCUAGGCGUCGUCGAAUAAACAACAUCUACGCUCUACUAUGUACAGCUGUCACGGUGUUCGUAGCCGGUAUCGUACUCUCUGUCAUGACUGGAGUGUCGUACUAUGGUGGAAGCAUCUGCUCAACCGCAGUUAUCCUGUUCUUCGUAGGAUUUUUCUUGCUCUUCAAGUACAGGCCAGCCGGACGUGUUACAACGGUGACCAUGAGCGGAGGAAAUCAGACGACAGUCCAGAGCUCGAUGACCCAUUCCUAUCACCAAAGCAUGCAGCAUACGGUCAGGACAUCGCGCGCACACAGUGUGGUCAGUUUGACCGGUGGGAUCAAUUCACAAAGGAGAAGCAGUAUGACCGAUGUCCGGCGGAGUAACAGUAUGGCGCGGUUGCAAGAUUCUGGUGUGUUGGGAUGGGGUGGUGCCCCAUCCUCGCAGCCUGUUGAUAAUGGCUGGAUGGCUGGUGGAAGUCAAGGACAACCCGGACAGUAUCCGCCUCCUCCUGGGACACAACCAGGAGGCUAUACUCAACCAGGAGGCUACACUCAACUAGGACCUGGUCCCACCCAACCAGGAGGCUACACUCAACCUGGACCUUGUCCCACCCAACCAGGAGGUUACACACAACCAGGGCCUGGUCCCUCCCAACCUGGAGGUUACACGAAUCCUGGUAGCAACAGACCUACCGCUGGAGGAUAUACUUACCCAGUUGGACCACCGGGGACAGGACCUGGACCUUCAUCAGGACCUGACCCAUAUCCUGGAGCUCCACCUUCCUAUGAUGAUGCAGUCAGACUACAAGGAAAAUCAUAGCAUGGGCAUCUAUCAGUUCCUGAACUAAAUAUAAACUUAAUCCUAACUAGGGUUGUCUUACCAGUGGAGCUCACCAAUUGCGAGCUCAAUACAUGCGGGAUUUGAACAGCUAAUAAGAGGAGAGUCAUUACAUUAUUGCAUUUCCCGUGUCUUGUAAAAUCACAUAUAGAACAUCAUGAAGAGAUUUUUAGUGAACUACCACCUGACUGACUACUGAUUGGAAGUAGAUUUUACCGUCUUGUUAGCACUUCAUUCUUAGCAGCUUUUCUUCUAGCGGACUUUGCAGUAGUUUUAAGACCAAGUCAUGAGAUACCAACGUAAAGCAACAAACCUUGAAUCAGCGAAUUUUUCUCUCUCUCUCUCUUUAUCUAAGUAUACCAACCAUGUCCAGUAAAAAUAUCAAAUCAAUAUAUAGGCAAAACUAUAUUUUGAAGUGACAUGACUGUUGAGAAAAUCUAACAUGUUAAAGAAGAUUGAAUUUUAUUGAAUUGUUACAUUAAUAGGUAAAUUCAACUUAUUGCAUGUUUUUUUUUUCUUUCUUUUUUUAUGUAGGGUCUUUCUUUUCUAUUUCUAUUAAAUCCAAUAACUGGUUUCUUUUUUGCAGUAUACAAGGGAUCAGCCUAGACAGGCCAACGGCUUAUUGCUGAUCCCCCACAUCCACUGCUACUUAAUGUUAUUCACUCCUAUCUGUCCACUUUUUUACAAUUGAUUUAUCGUGUAUUUUUUUUCUUUGUUUCUAUUGUGUAUAUUUGUAUGAAUAUGUUUUUAUAUUGUAUUUGUCAUUUGAAUGUUUUUAUGAGAGAUGUGAAAUAAAUUGAAUUGAAUUGAAAAGACAUUUUCACUUACAUCAUUUAAAAUAAUAGGCUUUGACUCUGCCUAAAUCGUAUAGAUCAAAGCAUAUUCUAAGAUAAAUUGUUUGUUGGAGUAUGUACUUAUGUUGCAUCAAAGACUGUAGACCUAUUACUUGGACAUUAUGGAGGUCAUCAUUAUGUAUAAAGCAAUAAAUAAAUUAUACAUGUAUAUAUUGUAA